CACACACACACUCUCUGUAGCCGAGUGUUGGAGCUCUCUCGUUAUGCUUGCUGUAAAGAGCUGUAAAAGCUCAAAGAUGCUGGCACAGCAUCCCUUUAAAAAGCUGUCCCGUUGCAAGGGCUUCUUCAGUUGUGCCUCGUCCCUCUUGUUGGUGCAGGUUGGGACCUUGUGCCUUUGUCUUGCAUCCUCGGAGGACCCAACUGCCGAUGGCCUCACAUCAACUUCCCUGCUGGAGUUUGCCAUGAUGUCCCACCUGGAGGCCAUGAAUUCCCAUGAGCAAACCAGCCCGGAGACUGCAGAGCCUGAUCUUGCCCCUGGCUCUCUGCAGGCUGCCCCAGGGUCAGGGUUUGCCAGCGAGGAGAAUGAGGAGUCCAAGAUCUUGCAACCCCCGCAGUACUUCUGGGAAGAUGGGGGAGAGCUCAACGACUCCAGCCUGGACUUGGGACCGGCAACAGAUUACAGCUUUCCUGCUGCAUCUCAGAAGGCAUUGCUGAAACGGAAUGGGACACAGGUGGACAACUGGGAAACAGCCACUGUCCAGCCACCAGCAGAAUUUGUUGAGCCUGACCUGCACACGCCUUUCUCUACGCUAGAGGAAGAGGAGGGGCUGCUCCCUAUAGACCACUCAAGAGGAGGAGUGGAGAGCCUCCAGACCUCCGGGCCAGAAGUUACAUCUUCUGAACCAGUGGACCAAGAGGACUCCUUCUCCCUUCUGUUUUCCACAGCUUCCGCCAGGCCAGGUAUUGUGACUGAGGCAGCCAUAGGAGGGCAAGAAGAGGACUCUGUUUCUCCAGGCGUAGACCUUGGGAGCAGCAUGGGACCAGGUCUUCUACCUGUGUCCUCUAUUUUUUCUACUACUGUUGGUGCAAGAUCUCCCAGUCUUUCAGAAGAACUCUUUGAGGUGACAACUGGGGACACUUGGGCUGUUGGGGGAGCAGAUUCAGAGCUUACUGUGAGUACCACAGGAGCAGAGCUUGCAGAGACCACGGUGGAGGCUGGUGUGGAAGAACAUUCGGCCAGAGAGGAGGUCUCAGAGCCCACAGUGGGGUGGGAGAUGCUGAAGCCCACGAUGUUGACUGAGAUGGAGCAGACAGUAGAAGUGCCUGUGGGGACACCCUCUCCUGCAAGUGGCUCCCCAGACACCCAGACUCGUUCUGAGAGUGAGCAGCAUCCCACUUCUGUGUCUCCGUGGGACAGAGCUGAUGAGCCUGUGCUGGAUCCCAUUUGGAAUGACACUGAGUCAGCCACUGAGACUGUGGCAGCAGAGAGGAGCUUGUCACCGCAGGCUGGGGAUGCCCGCAUGGCCGUGCUGCCAACAGAGCUGCCCUGGGACUCGGCACAGGUGAUCUGCAAAGACUGGAGCAACCUUGCGGGAAAAAAUUACAUCAUCCUGAAUAUGUCGGAUAACAUUGACUGUGAGGAGUUUCGGUUGGAGAGGGGUCCCCAGCUGUUGGCACUGGUGGAGGAUGCCUUCUCCAGACAGGCGGAUGGGCUGCAGGACCGCUGGCUGAUCUCUUUGAGCAAACCCAACGAGAAUGACAAGCACUUGCUAAUGACACUGGCAGGGGAACAGGGCGUUAUCCCUACAAAAGAUGUUCUCAUGGCACUGGGGGAUGUUAAGAGGAGCUUAGCUGAGAUUGGUAUCCAAAACUACUCAACCACCACAAGCUGCCAGUCGCACCCCAACCAGACACGCAGUGAUUAUGGGAAGCUCUUUGUGGUGCUGGUGAUCAUUGGCUCCAUCUGUGCCAUCAUCAUUGUGCUGGGGCUCAUAUACAACUGCUGGCAGAGGCGCCUGCCCAAAAUGAAGAACAUGUCGCACGGGGAGGAGCUGCGCUUUGUUGAGAACGGCUGCCAUGACAACCCCACCUUGGAUGUGGCCAGUGACAGCCAGUCGGAAAUGCAGGAGAAGAAGCCAAGCGUGAACGGUGGGAACACCAUCAAUGGCCCCGACAGCUGGGAUGUCCUGAUCAAUAAGCAGGCGAGCGAGGAUGUUGAUGUGUUUGAGGAAGACACACAUCUUUAGAAAAAGAAUGGGGGGAACCACCCUCUUAAAUACACUUGUUUCUCUCCUAUCUUGACUGAUGGACCAUGGGAUCAGGUGGCUUCUCAGGAACUUCUUAAAACCUUGGAACAGGUCUUUGGGCAAAUCUUCCCAAUAGAAGUCCUGAGCCUGCAUCUGAGGCUUGGAGCCAGGAGGAUCACUGAACAGAGGGAAGCGGGAGGGGUGGGUUUGUAGGUCUCUGUGUGUGUGUUCCUAUCAGUAGCACCAAUGCUUUUAUCACCUUUAAAUGCACUUAAAUGUAGCUCUCUUGUAGUGGCUGAGAGUGGCUGGGCUUAAGAAGCAAGAUGGUGAGGCUGUCGGCCACCAAAAGUCCAGAUUUGGGGAGUAAAUUCACUUUCCAGAUCCUGACCUUGAGAUCGUGUUCAGUCUGUGCAGGUGCAGUAACACCUGUGCAUUCUGAAUGGAGGGGAGCCAGGAUUCAGUCCAUGUCCUGGGCAGAGUUUGCAUUCCACAUGUGAAAACAGGUUUUGUAGUGCUCUAGCAUUCAGCUGCUAAUCAGAUGAGAGCUGAUGUUUACAUUCGGGGAAAACAUCCCCCCUGCUGUCAUCUUAUUUCACCCCUGGUACCACAAACAGCCCCACUCUCUUUUUCAGCUCCACAGCUCCAAGCUGAGUUUGCAAAGUUUGAGCACUUUACCCUUGCUUCACUGGUUACAGAGAAUUUGGUGCCAUGGUGCAGCAUCUUAGCUGGAAAUUUGCUUUAGGUUGGAGAGUUGCUCAAAAAUGACAUUUACAUGCCUCGUUAACAAAACAGCCUGGGAAAUCAUCAGCAAAGUAUCCCAUGUCUAAAUCUCAGUUUUAGACUGUCAGGCCUUUUCCACUCCAGUUCUAUUUUUCAGGAUAGUUUGGUUUCAGUUGGUCAUUUUGAGGUAAAAAUAAAGACUGUGUGAGACUUUAUAAACAGUUGAAAAAGUUAAAACUCAGAAACAGGUAAUUUUCUGGUCCUUUUGUUUCCGUUUCAGCAUCCUGCCCUAGGGGAGGGUGGAAGUGUUUAAUGUCCCACGGGUGUAAAUCGGGGUAACAUCUUUAAAAUUAUUUUAUUUAAGCAAGUGUAAGCCAGAUGAGAUGAGAGUCGAUCUAAGGGCUCCCCAAUGAACAUUUCUCAGGCAUGCCUCAGGCAACUUUGAGUCUCCAGCUCCCUGAAGACUCGUGAUAAAAGACACUUGAAUAUGCAUAAUUGUUCUCUGAGCCCUGCCUAAACUGAGACUCAAAAACAUUUGUUUCUUCUGUCAUUGAGGGACUGAGGGACUUGCUUUGGUCAGAGGCAGCAGUACUUCUCUCUGUUACGGUGAUCUGCACGCUUGCUCACUGCGAGGUGCAGUUUCACACUUGGUCUUUAAGGGAACCUUUGUACAGAAAGGCCCCAGAUGUGCAGCCUGAUGCCGAGCCUGUAAAUCUAUCACUGUAUGUAUAGGUAUUUUUAGCAUGUUCAUCCCUGGUGUGUGUGCCUAAAGUCAAGGUGCAAGAGUCUGUUGUUUCAAUUUGCAUAGCGCUUUGCAUACAAACUGAAUCACAGGUCACCUUGAUGUAGGACCACAUUGGUACCAGUCUGUUGAGGAAUCAAACCAUUGGUUUCCUAUUCAGAUUCCAGUUUUCAGUGGUUUUAGCCUGCCUCCAUAUCUUUCCCUGUUGUGUAGAAGACAGUGGAUCAUCAGCUCCUUUUGUAUCUUGGUAGGGUUGCAGAGAUGCUCAGAGGAGUUCCUUCUGCCCCAGCAGUUGGUAGUGGGGGACAGUCCACGUACACGAACAGCCACAUGUGGCCCUUCUUUGGCCACCCCUCACUUAUGGCUCCUGCUGAGUUUGAUGGGUCUGUGCAGUGUAACUGCACAGCUCCAGUGGCUGUGGUGAUGGCACUUUGGGGCUCACAGGAUGAAAUGCAAGUUGUUGUUAUGAUGAGUAAAUUAAAGCAUGGAGUUAAAAUUUGAGUUUGUAUAGCACUUAGCAUAAUGGGGGCUGGCAUGCCCGUGGCCUUUAGGCAGCUUCACCGUGUAAAUGUUUCUAAGUCCAAUAAUCCUCAUUAAAUACAUUUUUAAUGCCCAGUGGCUAUUAAAAAGAUAAAGCCACCCGUUAGAUGUGAAUCAGUUCACGCACAAACCCAUUCCUUGGUGCAUGUCACUGCUAGGAGCUGCUUUGCUGCCCUGUUUCCUCUCCACUAUCCUAAUUCAGAGAAGCAACAAGGCGGUGGUAAAGCAAUGCUGCUGGCUGGGCUCAGCACUUCCUGAUCUUGUGUAGAGUCUUCAAACUUUGAAGAAACCAAGGGGGUAUGUGGGCCUCAUGAUGAGUUAACAAGUUCUCCUGAUUUGCUCUUCUGGCUUCCUGUGGCCUGAAGGUUUUCCAGAGACACUCUUCUCCGUCUGGAGCAUUCAGGUGAUCUUGAGUGUCUAAGGGUGGCUGUCAUGAGGCUAAGGACAAUUUUCUGCUGUCUCUGACAGGGUGCACCUGGCUGUGUGAUCCCAGUUUAGCUCCCGAAAUCUACUGGUUGAUAGCAUUUCACUUUAGUCUGGUGAUACUUUUUAUCCCUUUACUGUUUGUUUUUUCUCUGAAUCAUUUUUUUGCACUAGGCUGAUCUUUUCAAGUCGAUUGCACUGUUGUCCCUCUCCUGCCAGCCUUGCAGAGACGGGUCAUCUCCGGGGACCUGUGGGCUGGGGAGUGCUGUAAAGAGCUGGAUAGCCCACUUACUCUGUUCAGUGCUUGCAUUUUCAGCUCUGCACAGGGAGGAAGAAAAACUUUGUCUUAGCAUUUGUAACAGGAAGCUUUUCUAUCACCUUAAUGUAGUUAAACCUCUUUUUAACAAAAACUGUCAAAGCUGGACUUCUCAGAGUGGUGUGCCAGGCGACAGAGCAGAUGCAGGAGACAAAGCAAUUCCUGGAAAACUGUUUGCCACCGACUCGGACAUCGCCAUAGUUCCAUCUGCCAAACGUUUGAUCGCAGUGACACCUGGUGGCUGUUGGGAGUUGGAGACGAAAAAUAAUAACCCCCCAACAAUUUCCCUCUUUUAGCUCUGGAUAUUUGUUUCCUGUGACUUGCCUAGGACAGUCACCUGCUUUAUUCAUGAGGGGCUGCGGGACUUGCCUAUGAGCAGAGGGGCUCACACCAGGCGUGUCAGGGAUGGUUUGUGUGAGGACACCCCUGUCUGCAAAACAGUGAAAUGGCACAUUCUCUGGAAUCACCGGUGUGGAGGACCUGGGUAGCAAUACAGAGUCUCAGCUCCAUUUUCCUGCUUUGUCCUCCACUUGCCUUCUCUGCUCCUUGGGACCACAGCUAGAAGGCAGAAACUCUGGCUUGAUAUGAAGGUGCUUCUUCAGAAAGAGCAUUGGGUGCUGGUAUGAGGAGUGCAGCACCUUGGGGAAUGUCAGCGAUGGCAGCGUCUGGAGGUACAGCCAAGAUCAGAGUGGAUCUCCGUCUGUGGAAUGGUGGCCAGAUGUGGUCUGGGAUGGCCAAGCUACAGAUUACUCCAAGGUGUUGCCCAGAUGUCUGGAACAGCAUCUGUAAUAUGGAGUCUAACAUGUUCCAGGACCCUGCAUCCUGCACGCUGCCUCGUGGUGGGUAGAGUGGAAAGAAACAAUGAGAAGUGACCCAGUAACUGUGCUGUGGAGUAUGUAAUGCAGGUUCAGAAUAUAGUUCAAGAUACCACCUUAAGGAUCCCCCUGGCACAGAAUACAGUGUGAAAUGAAGGUACAUUAUCCUAUGGAUUAUUGCAGCAUGACCGUAGAGCAUUGCAGCAGGGUCCCACUGCAGCCGCUGCUGUCAGCAACUCGUCUGUUCCCAUCUGCCUUCACAGCCAUGCAGGAGCACAUCUCUCCUUCACAGAGAGUUUGGGGCAGCUGGAACAGUCAGAGACAACAAGCUCCUUUGUCUGUGCUGGCUCAUGAGAGUCUUGUGGGCUCAUCUCAGCUGACAGCCAGGCUCCCAGCUAUUCUUCUCAACACCUUCAUUCCUGUUGGACCUAAACUGUCUGCAAGCCCUGGCCACUGCUUGGGAUUGCUUAGAAACAGUUGUGUCUGGCCCUGGAAGCAACAGGGUUGUGGUUUUGUUUUCUUUGCAAUAAAAUGCACCUGCUGGGUGUCUGAACACU